CAGCCUUCAGUCUCACCAGUGGCUUUGUCUUCCCUGGCAUCGGCGAUGCCUUGAUGGUUGACCCCAACCAGCUUUAGGGGAAAGCAGAGGCAGGCUGGAACAGGAACGCCAGGCAGAAACGGUGGAGGUGGUGGUUGGUUCCAUGGUUUGCCUAAAUAUAAUAUCAGCACAAUGGUCUAGGCUGCAGUAUAACUUUUUUACUUUAAUUUUGAAAGUGUCUUUGAAUUCAGCCAGAAGGGUUGACCAUUUUAUUUUCCAUCAAAUGAUGUAACAUCCUUUCAAUCCUAACACAUUGCCAAGUCCGUAUCAGUAUAAAUAUCCACAAAGAUUAUUUUUUCCUAUUUAGAUCUGGUGUGUUUUCCAAGUGUACCUUUAUUUUUUGAGCAGUGUAUAAAUAAAGUGAUAGCUGAUCAGCAACUGUAGAAAAUAGUACAGCCAUUGUAACUGACAGACAAGAAAUAAGCAUGUUUUCAACUAUAUGGUGAUUUCUCCCUUAUUAUAUGCAGAGCAGUGAGAGGAGGAUAAUGACGUUACACUUUAUUUUUCUCAUACAGGGAGAUUUCGAAGUGAAAGUAAACUUGGCACUUGACACUAUAGCUAAUCUGAAGAUCAGGCUUGCAGCUGAAUGUGGAAUCCCUGCACAUGUUUUGAAAUACAUAGGUGAAACUGGCACUGGCAACACACUGAAAAGUUGUGGGAUCACAGAGAAGUCUAUAGUGCACUUCUCACUGUCCACAUUUGCAGAGGAAGAGUUAGCUCGCAAUGCUUUCUUUAUUGAUGAUGUUGUGCCCUCAGUUCAACAAACCACCACAGGAAUCAGUGUCCUUCUGUCAUCUCUCUAUGUCAUUCAACGCAGAUUUUCAGUUAAUUUCCAAAAGAAACUGAUUGGGUACAUACGAAAACUAACUAGCUGUCACCCACUGGCUCAGAGUUUGUACCAAUUACUUUGUAAGAAUGAAGGCAUAUCCAGAAAUCAAAAGAUUGCAGCAGUUGAAGGCUUGUAUUUUCUUUUUAGAGAGCUUUUGCCAGGUCUUAGAACAAAACAAAUGGGAAAGGUCAUCGAGGACCAAGAUGUCUUUGAGUAUUCAACAUACUGUUGGGCAUAUCUCAUGUCAGAAGCAAAGAAAGAAACAUCAGAACAUGAAAAUUAUGCACAAUAUUCUCUAAGAAAUGAAGAAGACCGCCGUUUUUGUGAACCAGUCAAAGUACCUGGAAUACAAAAUGCCUUGGAAAGAGCUAUUGUGCUACAAAAAAUAAAAG